GGUGAAUUUGUCACAUGCUGUCUAUGCUUGGUAAAUGUCAAGGUUGUGAAUUUACUAUCUGCAAAUAUUUUCUAAAAAGAAAUGGCUUCAAAGAAGGCUUUAUUUAUUUGUCUGGGAAAUAUUUGCCGGUCGCCGAUUGCGGAGGCAGUGUUUAUCGAUGAAGUAAAGAAAUCCAAUCAAGAAUCGAAUUGGGAAAUCGAUAGCGCAGCGAUUGGAUCAUGGCAUGUUGGAAAAGAUCCAGAUCGUCGCGCAUUGGCUACAAUGAAAAAGCAUAAUCUGGCAUACAACAACAAAGCAAGACAAAUUCAAAAAGACGAUUUUAAACAUUAUGAUUACAUCUUUGGAAUGGAUGAACAAAAUAUUGCCGAUUUAAAGAGUCGCUGCCCAAAAGAUGGAACCGCCAAAAUUUUAAUGCUCGGCGAUUUUGAUCCAGAAGGCGAUCGCAUUAUCAGGGAUCCAUACUAUGAUGAUGGUUCGGAAGGAUUUGAAAAAUGCUAUGUACAAUCCGUACGAUGUUGUAAAGCAUUUUUGGAACAAGUUGCUCAAAAUUAAAAUUUAAAUUUGAACGCUUUGGAUUAAAAUACCGUGCUGAAUGGUUGUUGUAUCAAAGCGGAACACAGCGUUUUUUUAACAUAGAUUUGUUGUUGUAAUACAACAAGGUGUUCCGCUUUAAUAUAACAACCAUUCUGUACGUUGUUUUUAUUUUAGAGCGUUCAAUUGUUCAAAACUAAAAUACUUUCAAGACAAAUGAAUGUAAAUUUGUUGGUAAAAUUGUGUUUUAAUCAAAAACAAAAUUUUUUUUACGAAGAGUGAGAGAAUUAAAAAUCGAUAUUCAUGCAUA